CACUACACCGCCUCGCCAUUGCAUUUUGGACCGUGGAAAGCCGGAUCGGGGAUCUAAUCUUGAUGUAGCCGAUUACCUCCACACCGUACCCACAAAAAGGAUCGCCCGAGUAGAAGAACACUUGAACGUGGCCAGCAGCAGCAGCUUAGACGUCGCCAUCAUCUAUUCGAAGAACAAAAAUCCUAGAAAAUGUAAUUUUCAUUCCACCGGCAAGACCAAAGUGAAUUAAACUGAACUCCCCCGGAUGUGAAGUCCUGUUUUAGCUUGUUGUGUGAGUGUUUGUGUGUCAGAAGACAGAGGAAAAAUCAUAAAGUGUCACAUUCUACCGUGAGUGAAACGUGAAAGCCGCAUCGGCACCCAUAAAUGAGUGAAUAUCGCGCGCCGAAAGUUUAGGGUGGAAAAUUGCACCGAGUUGGUGGGGUGCUGCUUCCUGUUUAUUGCCCCAUAAUCAAGUGCCGAGGGAGCAGAAGCAGAAAAAAGGUGCCUGCAGCGCCGCAGCAUCAUGACCGUGAAAAUUUUCCGCCGGGGUUCGGCCCGCUGCAUAGGGCUCCUGUCGGCUUUCGUAACCAUUUUGCUGUGCUUGUACUACAUCUCGAUGGGACAGCCAUCAAACACGCCAACGACGACCGCCACUUCCGGUGGCUCCUCGCUCCACAAGGAUGCUGCCCUGCACCAGAAACGAUUAAGCAACCUUCAUGCAGAUCCGCACCACGGCGCCGGGAGCAAUCCGAAUGCAAACCAAUCCUGGCACAGUUGGCUGCGGAACAAUCUCAAUUCGAUCAACAACGGUGGCAACGGCAAGGAUCGACCGCCCGGCCUGGGACCGGAAGUGUCCGACAGUGGAGGCUACCCGGAUGGUGAUGGGGGUGGAGGUGGUGUCGGGGCUGCUGCUGCAGCAGUGGCCGGAAGUCAUCCGCCUCGGUUCAGCGCCAAGUGGGACGAAUGUGUCGCACUGGAGGAAACCCCAACCGAUAUCACCACCGGCGAUGAGUAUGGAAAUUUCGACUUCCAGCCCGAAUGGAUGAAAACAAAGGAAUACUGGGACAAGGACUUCGAGAGCCGUUACGAGAAGCUGCAGAAGGAUCCGAACCGACCCCCGUUGAAGAUUGUGGUAGUUCCGCACUCCCAUAAUGACCCCGGGUGGUUGAAGACCUUCGUCAACUACUUCCAGUCGGAUUCGAGGCAGAUUCUGAACUUGGCCGUCACUAAGAUGCCCGAGUACAACAACAUGUCGUUUAUAUGGAGUGAGAUCAGCUUUCUGCAGUUAUGGUGGGAUCAAGCACAUCCCACCAAGCAGAGGAUAUUGAAAAAGUUGGUGAAAUCAGGUCGUUUGGAGAUCACUACUGGAGGCUGGGUCAUGACGGAUGAAGCGAAUGCUCAUCUUUAUGCGAUGGUUGAUCAGCUUAUUGAAGGUCAUCAAUGGGUCAAAACCAAUCUGAACGUAACUCCGAAGAGCGGAUGGAGUAUAGAUCCUUUUGGACAUGGUAGUACCGUCCCAUACUUGUUAGCAGCAAGUGGUUUUGAAGGAACCAUCAUCCAACGGAUACACUACGCGUGGAAGCAAUGGUUCGCCCGUCAUCGAUACGGAGAUUUCCUGUGGAGUCCCUACUGGCGAACACCUUCUAGUGGUCUGGAUCGAAAGCACACUCUCCUGACUCAUAACAUGCCCUUCGACAUCUACUCAAUCAAACAUUCCUGCGGGCCACAUCCAUUCAUCUGCCUUAAUUUCGACUUCCGCAAGAUUCCUGGCGAGUAUACUGAAUACUCGAUCAAAGCUCAGUUCAUCACACCGGAAAACAUCGAAUCCAAAGCUGACCUUCUCAUGGAGCAAUACUCGCGUACUGCUUCCCUGUUCCCUCACAAUGUGGCACUGAUUCCCGUUGGAGACGAUUUCCGUUACAACAAGGAUAAAGAAAUGGAGCAACAGUACACCAACUACAAGAAGCUGAUCGACUAUAUCAACGAGAACCGCAACAAGUACAAGGCGGAAAUCAGCUUUGGUACUCCGAAGGACUACUUCAAUGCCAUCAAGGAACGCUACGAUAAAUUCCCGACUUUGAAAGGAGACUUUUUCGUCUACGCAGACAUCUUCAACGAAGGGCGUCCAGCAUACUGGUCUGGAUAUUUCACCACCCGACCGUAUUACAAGAUUCUCAGUCGAGAACUCGAACACAACCUUCGUAGCUUGGAAAUUCUGUUCACCUUGGCUUUCAACCGAGCCAGGCAAGCUGGUAAUUCCAAUGCCUUCAAGAUCUACGAAAAGAACUACGAGAAGAUGAUCCUUGCUAGGCGGAACCUAGGCCUUUUCCAACAUCACGAUGCCAUCACCGGAACGUCCAAAGCCAAUGUGAUGCGAGACUACGCUCUGAGGCUGUUUGAAAGCAUCCAAGACUCCGUCAAGCUUCAAGAGAAAACCAUAGAACUGCUCGUCCAGAAGAAAGGCACCGAGCACAACUUUCUGAUCGGAGAGCUGGAGCGGGAUAACUUCAGCAAACUCCCUCGGAAGACUCCUCUGAUCGUCACGGAAGCACGGAGUACGGACUUCGUGGUCUACAACGCCCUCGCGCAAGAACGGAUAGAAGUCGUUCUGAUCAGAACACUGACCCCGCGCGUUAAAAUUCUCGAUCCGAAAGGUAACCCAAUGAACAUACAAAUCAACCCGGUGUGGAACAUCACGGAAACUUCAUCUUACGCAUCCCGGAAGAUCAUUCCCUCGGACAAGGAGUACGAAAUCAUGUUUGUGGCGAAGCUGGCACCUCUUUCGCUAACGACCUUUACGGCCACCUAUGACGACGAGUUCAAACCGAAGAUGGCAACGCUGUACUGCAACGAGUGCCAAGAUGAGAAAAAUGAGAUAUUCGAGAUCCGGAACAAACAACCGGGCGACAUUCAGCUGGAAAACUUCAAAAUGAGGCUGUUGUUUGAUGAGCAGAGCGGUUUCUUGAAGUCCGUGACUAAGAAAAACAUGGGUAAGCAAAUUCAGUGCGCGAUCAAGUUUGCCGCGUACAAGAGUGCGCAGUUCCACUCUGGUGCGUAUCUGUUCAAGACGGAUCCGGAGCAAAGGAAUUCAGAGAAAGAGAUACUAGAGCAGUAUAAUGACAUGACAAUUCUGAUAACUUCCGGCCCACUGGCAAGUGACGUUACAGCAAUCUACGGACCAUUCCUGGCUCACACCGUGCGGAUAUUCAACUCCAACACGGUGCUGGAUAACGGAAUCUUCAUCGAGAAUGACAUCGACUUUGAGAUGCCUCCAAAGAACAGGGAAACAGAACUGUUUAUGCGUUUUGUGACAGACAUUGAGAAUGGGGCUAGCGAAAACCCUGAAUUCUUCUCAGAUCUUAAUGGAUUCCAGUAUCAGAAGCGAGUGAAGGUCCCAUCGAUCGGUAUCGAGGGCAACUACUUCCCUAUCACCAGCGGGGCAUUCAUUCAAGAUGAUAAGAUGAGGCUAACUUUGCUCACGACCCACGCUCAAGGCGCUGCCAGCUUGGAACCCGGACAGCUGGAAGUAAUGCUCGAUAGGCGAACUCUGUACGACGACUAUCGUGGUAUGGGAGAAGGCGUUGUGGACAGUCGCCUGACCCGACAUCGAUUCUGGGUUGUUCUAGAGAAUAUUGAAUCCCAUUCGCCACCGUUAGCUGAGAACCCUCCGGGGCCAGCUGACGAACCAAAACCCGCCGAAUUUCAACUGCCUAGUAUAUUUGCCAAUCAGCUCACCAACGGGCUCAACUAUCCGGCCAAUCUGUUCAUCGUGGAAAAGUACGACGAAAGUAACCAGAUAGAGCUGAACCGGGCGGUCCAACUGCUGGCCGCUCCGUUCCCCUGUGAUCUCCACAUUCUGAAUCUCCGAACCCUAACCGAGGGUAACCUGCCCCUGUUUCCGUCGAGCGGAGCUCUGCUGGUUCUACACCGGCAAGGCUACGACUGCCGGAUAGGUGGCGAAGAAGUAGUAAAUUAUUUUUGUAACAAUAGUAGUAGUAGCGUAAGUCUUAGUAGUAAUAGUAACAAUUACAAAAAUGUAGAUAAGUACAAUAGCCGGCUGCAGCUCUUUGGUGGGGUGCAGAUCGAACAAAUUACCGGCACGUCGUUAACGGGUUUGCACCCGGGGGCACCGGUGCGUUCCGUGGGGGACAUUUUCCUUGAACCGAUGGAACUGCGGACGUUCAACCUGACGUUCGUCAAGUGAGAAGGGGAGAGCGGUGGCGGUGGCGAAGAGACAUCAAGCGAAAGGCUUCCACUGGGUUCCUGGUUUUGGAUUGGUUUUAGAAAGUUGUUACAAAGGUGGUCCUUGGAUAGUUGGCUGGGAAUCAGUUCGGGCUAAAGAUUGGAUGUCGGUUUUCUGUGGUCACUUUAUGGUGCUUGAUUUUAAAAUACGAUUGUAAGAUUAUCUUUCUUUCAUGCCGAUACCAGAUCCGAGUAGCUGCAUUCUUUUAACGUGAAGGGUCGGCUUGACAUAAUUUAUCCAGGCAUUUGCCCAGAAGAUUAUUUUUUAUGGUGCUAUGACCUGCGCCACAAUGUUACGACAACAAACUCGAUUGCCUCUAGUUUCUUGAUCGUCCCAAACUUCCAAGGUCCUGCUCUACUUGGUCAUGCCACCUAAGUCGGAGCGCCCUUCCCCGGCCGGAUUCGAGGUGAACUCCAUUUUUGGAGGAUUUAUCACAAUUACCCAGCCCAUCGUACUCUUUCAGCAUUGAAGACUUUCUAGAUAUAUCAAGUUCACCGUAGAGUUGCGCAAGCUAUUGGUUCAUACGUUUGCUGGCAUGAAUUUCACUCAAAAGGCUUCGGUGUGAUGCAAACGCAAUAAAUUUUUACUCAGACGUUGUUGCAAGGGUUUGAACGGCUUGCUCAUUGGUUGAUUCAAACACAGAGUGUAAUAAGAAAAACUCAGCAAUCACAGAAAAAGAAAACCGUCUUCGUGAGUCUCGUCUCAGUUCUUAAGCGUUUCCUACGCAUCGAGAUAGGCGAUUAUUAUUCUUGUCAGUAGCAAACCAGCCCUUAAGCCAGAUUUGUUGCUGAAAAGGAACCGCUAAAGACGUUAAUCGCCGACUUCUUGCCGAAAUUUCCUAUAGUGAGUUCCGUUUGAACUGACAUUUCUUUUCAACUGCGUACUGCGAUCAGAAAAAGGGCUUUCUUGAUCGAUUUGUUACAGGCAUUUCCCAUAGAUAUUUAAGCAAAUCAGGCUUUAGCCUGUUUUACUGCUAUCUGUAACGUUUUUCCGAUGGUUCAUUUGAUGUGGAAAUUAGUUUAACGGGUUCAAUCGCCCUCGUACCUAUCCCUUGGGUUCAAUAUAUGCAAAGAAGUAUUAGUGACAUGACAUGAUAGACAGUCAUAAUCAACGAGGGACGAUGUAUACAUCCUAUAGGAAUACGAAUUGCAGAGAUUGUGACGGGAAUAAGUGCGGUGAUCCUUCAUUAAAUCCGAAAUGCGAAAACUGCAGAUAUAGUGCGCUUAUCGGACUUGUAGUUCAGAACCAUUGCAUUUGAAUUUUUUGCUCUUAUUCAUUUUACUGUUACUGUGCAUAAACUAAAGAUGCUACAAAUAACAGAUAUCUAAGUCCAAAUUGAAAACUGGCAAGAAUGUUAACCACAAACGAUGAUUUAACGGCCUUUCAAACUGGCAACACGUGUAGCGUCGCUGAUAUCAUGGUGAAAAUGAAACAUUUCAGGAUGUUCUUAAUCACUACCAAUUAACACAACAUGCUGAUCCACGUUGAUAUGUGGGUCAAGUGAUAUCACCAUAGUUGGGUUUGAAUGCUUAUACAACUUUUGAGAAGGUUUUUGUUCCAACAUCGAUAACUUUUCCUGUGCUUGAACUUAGAUACUAAGACAGCAAAUGUCAAAAAUAUGAGUCACUUGUGGAAAUGUCUUCUAAGUCAUCGCCAUUUGUCUCUCAUUGCUUCUACAGAAAUUGAAUUCGAUCAUCAAGACCAAGCUAUCAAAACCAGAUACGGAAUCAAACAUAAGAAAAUACAAACGACAUCACUCUCUUCCAAGUCUAUCCGAUAUGUGAAUCUCACAAAUAUUGAUCUGAACUAGGGCAACAAUUUUUCGAAUAUGGUUUUAAGUUAUUUUAUUGAAAACAAAAACAGCAGCUGAAUCAUUUCACACGACAUAGACGAAUCUAAGCAGAACCCCUCAAUGUAAUCAUUCCACUUUUUAAGAGAAGAAAAAACAAGAAAUCUGGUCCAGUAUAUAUUGUUAGAUUUAUUAUUACUGAACAAUGCAAAAAAUCCCCACAAUUUAAUUUUAUGUUCGAAACAAAAAGUGCAUGUACCAUUCAAGUUGGAAAGAAACCUCUUUGCUCUGUAUUGUACAUACCAAAAUCUAGCCCGUAGAAUCUCCUUAUCUACAUACUUUUGUGAUUAUAGUGUUAGUGAUACGUUUCUUCCCUGAUUCUUCGAUUUCUGUUGAAAACUUCCAUUCAUUUCCAUCCUGGGUCCAAUUUAAAUACCUCUAUCCUUCACAAACGAUUUGUUCUUUCAAUCACAGCUAUGAUAUUUAAAGUUUUAACCACCGUCCAGCAGGAUUAGUUGUUGUCACAUAAAAUUCCCUACUUUUAUUAGUUACUAUUUAUUAAUUAAAUCUAGGAUACCCCUAAAAUAGUGAGCGUGCGGACGAGCAGCUAAUCCCAAAUGAGCCCCUGAUAUAAACUUGUUUGAUAUUAUCCUACAUAAUAACAACUACGAUCAAAAGCGAUUUUACAAAGAAAAAAAAAGCAAAGCACCUACAAGGUAAUGCAAAAGAGCAAAACAAAAAAAACUAGCAAAAGAUAGUAAGUAAGCAAAUCAUCGCGUAUGUUUAGAAAAAGGAUUAGUUGUUUUAUAAAAGGAAAUGAACCUACUGCAGCUAGAAAUUAAAUUUUAAAGGAAAUAACGGAUCAACCGAGCAGGAAUGAACAACCAUAUUCUUAAACUAGAAGAGAAAGAAUUUAACUAUUUUAUUGUUUAUUGUCCCGUCGUUGAAUCUCCGUUUAUUUUACAUUGAUGUCUAAAGCGUCUGUCAGAAAAUGUGUGACCAGUUGUAGUAAAAUUUGUUUUUAACAGUAAAUUAACCAUUUGUGCAGCUCGGAAGUUUACAGUUGAUUUCAUUGCAAAAAGUAAUCAUUACAUUUUUUGUUGCAAAAUAUGUAUUGAUAGAACAAA